AUGGAUUCUAAGUAAUAUUAUGACACAAAAAUGAAUUAUGAAUCGAUUUUACCUAAAUACAUUUUGGAGGAGGUUAAACAGAGGAUACUCUAGUAAUAUGAGGAAAUAGAUGAAAAAAAAGUUAAUCCACAGUUGAUAGAUGUGUACACAGAGAUGAUUUAAUCAGAUGAUAUUGUCAAGUAACAUUACGGAAUCCUUGCCAUAAGGAAAUUAAUUAGCGUUGAUCAUAAUCCAAUAGAUAUUUCAUAAUCUAUAAUCAUGAACAAUUUGGUUCCAACAUUGAUAUAAAUACUUGAUUAGAAUUCCAAUUAACUUUUCAUAUUUGAAGCCAUUUGGAUUUUAACAAACAUUGUAAGUGGAACAACUCAGCAAACACAAGUCGUUGUAAAAUAUGGUGGCAUACCAACUAUAUUAAAGCAUUUAGAUUCUAAACAUUUAUCCAUUAUAGAAUAAGUCUGCUGGGCCUUAGGGAAUAUAGCAGCAGACGUUGAAGAAUAUCGAAGCUAAAUAAUAGGACAGGGAGGAUUAUAAAGAUGUAUAGAAAUAAGUGAAUAGCUUUAACUAAGAAAUAAUAAGUCCUUAAUAAAGAUAUGCUCCUGGACUAUUAGUAAUUUAUGCAGAGGAAAUCCCAAUCCGCCCAUUGAAAAAUAUAAAAAACAAUUGAUCAAAUAUUUCUCGAACAUUAUUGACCAAUUUGAUAGUAAUGACACUCUGACUGAUGUUUGUUGGGCAUUGCAUUACAUAAGCAAUAAUAAUAAUGGAUUGGAUCCACAAUAGGAGUUUAUCAAUACAGGAAUGGUUCCAAAACUUAUAACAUUACUUAGAUCCAAUUAAGGUAAUCCAAUAAUAUUUCCCUGCGUGAGAAUUAUAGGGAAUAUUCUGAGAGGAUCUGAUACCUAAAAAGAUUACGUGUUAAAUCUUAAUAUUCUGGAUGUCUUUGCUCACCUUAUGAAGAGUACUCAACUAAAGAGUCUAAACAGGGAGAUUUGUUAGUGCAUUUCUAAUAUCACUGCUGGCAACUAUUAUUAGAUAAAGAAAGUGUUAGACAACAAUGAUAUCAUGAAAACAAUGUUCACAAUGUUUUAGUCAGCGGUUCCUGAAGUCCAAACGGAAAUUGCUUGGGCGUUUUCAAAUGUCACGAAAGAAAUAAAGCAGUAGGAUACUAUGAGAUUGGUUGAAAUGGGAACACUGGAGAUAUUUGCAACUACAUUGAAUCUUCAAAGAACCUAAACUAAAUUGAAAUGGGAAAUUCUCGGAUCAUUAGAUACUAUAUUUAUCAAUUGUAACCAAAUUAAUCGAUUUUAGUACGCUAACUUUAUGGGACAGAGUAGAAGUACAUAUCCGAAUUCUUUAGGAUACAUGAUCAAAUAUAAAAAUGUGAAUUAGAAAAUUAAGACUAAUCCGAACUUUAUUUUGAAUAAUAUUUUGAUAGGUGGAAACAAGAACGCCAAAAUUGAAUGGCACUUUAUGUAUAAUUUUUUUAAAGUUUCUAAUAUCAUAUUAAUUGUCUUUGUUUUUGCAGUCUAUGUACUAUCUUAUACAAUUUGA